AUGGCGGCCUCUGUUUCACCGCUACGCUCCUCCUUCAGGAUUUGUAGCCCGUUAACGUUACAACAUAACUGCUGCAGGGCCAAACUGCGGAUGCACAGAAAAUGUGAGAGUCAAAGGAGACAUCUUCAGCACUCUGCAACGAGGCAUGCUGCUGUGGUGAUUUCGGGGACGGAGUUGGCCCGUCAGCUCCACAGAGAAAUCCAGCGUGAUGUGGAAGAGCUGGUCGCUCAGGGCAACAUGAGACCCCAUCUAGGAGUGGUGUUGGUGGGAGACGACCCCGCCAGUCGUACAUAUGUUAAGAACAAGACCCGGGCAGCCAGUAUCCUGGGUAUUUCCAGUGACACCGUGGUGCGGCCCAGCUCGGUGUCCCAGGAGGAGUUGCUGGAGCUGAUUGACAAGAUGAACCGGGACUGGAGGGUCAGCGGCCUGUUGGUGCAGCUGCCACUUCCCGAGCACAUCAAUGAGCGAGCAGUUUGUAAUGCCAUCGCUCCAGAGAAGGAUGUGGAUGGAUUCCAUAUUGUGAAUAUUGGUAAGCUGUGUCUGGACCAGAGAUCCAUGGUGCCUGCAACACCUGCAGCCGUGUGGGAGAUUAUCAAAAGAGCAGGUAUUGAGACAGUGGGGAAGAAUGUGCUGGUUGCGGGUCGCUCCAAAAAUGUUGGAAUGCCUAUCGCAAUGCUGCUGCACACUGAUCGCAAGCAUGAACGCCCCGGGGGUGAUGCCACGGUUACCAUCGCCCACAGAUGUACACCCAGGGAGCAGCUGAAGGAGCUCACCUGCCUGGCUGACAUCAUAAUAGCAGCUGCAGGUGUUCCCAGGCUGAUCACAGCAGAUAUGGUGAAAGAGGGCGCAGCUGUCAUUGACGUGGGCAUAAACCGCGUUCUGGACCCAAAAACGGGGAAACUCCGGCUCGUUGGUGACGUGGACUUUGAGGGAGUGAAGGAGAAGGCAGCCUUCAUCACACCUGUUCCCGGAGGCGUGGGUCCGAUGACCGUCGCCAUGCUGAUGAAGAACACUGUGACCGCUGCCAGAAACGCACUGAUGCAUUAAACACACACACUUGUUUUAUUGAAUGAUCUGUAGUACAAACAGUGUACAACUAUACUCACAUACAUUGAUUCAUUUAGGUUUACACACACGUUACCAUCAAACACACUUUUAUUUAAAUACAUAAACUAAAGACUCCAUACCUGCUGGGAAACUUACUUGAUAUGUACUUACUAUAUGUUGGAUUUGUUCAUUUAUUUGGGUUAUUUAUUUCAGUGUUCACUUUUUAAGAUUUAAGAUUAAUAUUUUUUCUACUGAAGUUGUUUUGGUUCAUUUUUGAACAUUCCAGAUUCCCUGGAAAAGGAAUAUUAAAUGAAAAACAAUGCAGUGCCAGUA